CAACACGUGAUUCUCUUCCUGCUUCGGUUCACUCAUCUAUUUAAAAUCUCAAAAGACACUAUUUACUUACGAAACCCACAUCGAAAAAUCUCUCCUUUUUCUGAAAUCUGUUUUCUUCUCCGGCGAAAAAUUUCAGAGGGGGGUAAGUAAUAGGUGAUUUCAUCACGGGUAUACACGGGAUAAAGCCACGGCCUUUGAGCUCUCAUGGCCAACGGAAGGAUUGUUUAGCCACAGCUAAUCCUUCGCGGCACGGAGGACGUGGAGCUCUGCCGUCUGAAGGCGGCAGUCCUUCCGAUCUCCUCUUCCUUGCCGGAGGCGGUUCCACCACCAUUCACCUCUUUUCCUUUUUCUAAUUAAAGUUUUUUUUUUAGUUCCUUAAUCUGGUAUCUCGGGGGGAGUUUUUUUGUUUGCUCUUUCGAGAAAAUAUUGAGAAUGUUGUUGAAGAUCAAAAGGGUUCCGACAGUCGUGUCGAAUUACCAGAAAGACGAGACGGUGGAGAAAGGCGGAGGAUGUGGUCGGAACUGUCUUAGCAAGUGUUGUCUUAAUGGGGCAAGACUUCCUUUGUAUACAUGCAACAAUGUGAAAGAGAAACCAGAAUCUCAGGUGUCUUUCCUCGAAUCUCUACUUCUUGGAGAGUGGGAAGAUCGGUUACAAAGAGGACUCUUUCGUUACGAUGUUACCGCCUGUGAAACCAAGGUUAUAUCGGGGAAGUACGGUUUCAUAGCGCAACUAAACGAAGGUCGUCAUCUCAAGAAGAGACCAACAGAGUUCCGUGUUGAUAGAGUUCUUCAACCAUUUGAUGCUAACAAAUUCAAUUUCACUAAAGUUGCUCAAGAAGAGCUUCUUUUUCAGUUUCAAGCUAGUGAUGAAGACACUAGCCAAAUCCAGUUCUUCCCUAAUAUGCCUCUGGACGCUGACAGAUCACCAAGCGUCGUUGCAAUUAAUGUGAGUCCAAUAGAGUAUGGACAUGUAUUGCUGAUUCCUCGUGUCUUUGAUUGCUUGCCUCAAAGGAUUGAUCACAAAAGCCUUUUGCUUGCUAUUCAAAUGGCUACUGAAGCCGCUAAUCCGUAUUUCCGGCUUGGAUACAAUAGUUUAGGUGCAUUUGCUACCAUCAACCAUCUUCACUUUCAGGCUUACUACUUGGCAAGGCCAUUCCCUAUCGAGUACGCUCCUUCCUUGAAGAUCACUACAACCAAUGACGGUGUCAAAAUCUCAAAGCUCUUGAAUUAUCCUGUGAGAGGUCUUGUCUUUGAAGGUGGAAACUCCAUCAAAGAUCUCUCUAAUACUGUAUCAGAUGCAUCUGUUUGCCUUCAGAACAGCAACAUCCCUUUCAAUAUUCUCAUUUCCGAUUCUGGAAAACAGAUCUUUCUGCUCCCUCAGUGUUAUGCGGAGAAACAGGCACGAGGGGAAGUUAGCUCGGAGCUGUUGGAGACGCAAGUGAAUCCAGCGGUUUGGGAGAUGAGUGGUCACAUGGUUUUGAAGAGGAAAGAAGAUUACGAAGGAGCUUCGGAGGAGAAAGCAUUGAGUCUUCUCUCUGAAGUCUCUUUGUCAGAGGAGAGAUUUAAAGAAGUUAUCACUACGAUCUUUGAAGCGAUCGGUUUGAGUGUUGAUGAAGAAGAGCUUGAAGAGCAGAGUUCGAUGGAUGGUAGCUUCAUAAGAGUGCAUUGUUGUUACCCUUCAAUAAAAGAAGAGGCUGUGUCUAACUGAAGACUUCUGAAGGCUUUUCUGAAUAAGCAUCCACGAAACUAGUUCGUGAUUUGCAUACUUGUGUGACAAGUUUAUUUUUUUGGUAUCUGAUGUUUUUUAAUUUGUUCCCAUAUUGACUUUUUGAGUCUUUGGUAUGUUUUAGUGAGUAUUGUGUGUUUUCGGUUUUAUCUCGGAUCGUCUUGAAUUUAAGAAAACAGGCAAAACACUUAACGUCUUGAAUACGUUUUUCUUGCAAUUUUUUUUGUAUUCUUAGGAGAUACCUGCAAAAUGAAAAACAGUAAGGCUCUAAU